AUGUCUAGUCACUCAAAGAAAAACAAGAAUCGUAUCUUGAGAAACAAAGCAAGAAUAUACUGCGAUGCAAACUAUAACAAACCAAAAGACUAUUGGAACUAUGAAGCUUUAGUAGUUGAAUGGGGUCAACAAGAUGAUUAUGAAAUUGUUAGAAAGAUUGGUAGAGGAAAAUACUCUGAAGUAUUUGAAGGAUUCAAUCUAAAGACCAACGAUAAAUGUGUCAUUAAAGUACUCAAGCCAGUCAAGAAAAAGAAGAUCAAGAGAGAGAUCAAGAUUCUUCAAAACCUUAGUGGAGGACCAAACAUUAUCAAGUUGUUGGAUGUUGUACGUGACCCACAAUCAAAAACACCAAGUCUUAUCUGCGAAUAUAUCAACAACACCGACUUUAAACAUCUUGCACCAACCCUUACAGAUUUUGAUGUCAGAUAUUAUAUAUUGGAAUUGUUGCAUGCUCUCGAUUACUGUCACUCUAAUGGUAUCAUGCAUCGUGACGUCAAGCCAAGCAACGUCAUGAUUGAUCAUCAAAAGAGAAAAUUGUAUCUUAUCGAUUGGGGUCUUGCCGAAUUCUAUCAUCCAAAUCAAGAUUAUAACGUUAGAGUAGCUUCAAGACCAUACAAGGGUCCAGAACUUCUCGUCGAUAUGGAAGAUUAUGAUUAUAGUUUGGAUAUGUGGAGUCUUGGUUGUAUGUUUGCUGGAAUGUUAUUCCAAAAGGAUCCAUUCUUCCACGGACACGAUAAUAUUGAUCAAUUAGUUAAAAUAGUCAAAGUUUUGGGAACUGAAGAUUUCUAUGCCUAUUUACAGAAAUAUGGAAUCGUCAUUGAUAAUACUUUACAAAAUAUUUUAGGAAAACAUCCAAAGAAACCAUGGGCUAAAUUUAUUACCCACGAAAACAAGAACCUUGCUGUUCCAGAGGCCAUUGACUUUUUGGAUAAAUUAUUGAGAUAUGAUCCAGCUGAAAGAUUAACAACCAAGGAAGCUAUGGAACACCCAUACUUUAAGUUAUUAGUACACCCACACAACAAUAUUUAA